AUGUCGUCUUUCGGCGUCAUCGUCUCCGGUCGUCCUGUCCUCACCGAUGCGCAAGUUGUAUCACCUACACAGGUCGCGUAUCAAAUACCUUCACAACCGUCGUUUUCGCACAUCGUCGUGUUCUUGCUUCCAGGCACCACCUUACCCGAUGGCACCGCCGCCGCCGUAUACGCCCAACUCCCCGGCACAACGGAUUUCAAGUUGCUCGGCGCAAUCGCAAACGAGAAACCCAGUGCAAUUUUCAAAAUCAACAACAAAGCCGGCGGCCCAGCAGGCGGCGGCCUAGGCGAUGAAGAUGUCAUGGUCGACGAGGGCUUGGCGAAUGGUGCUGCAACACCUCUGGCCCUAGGUAUAAGCGUUGAGCCUGCGGCUCAGGUCGCGGCUAGUCUGGAGCAGAAGAAAGCGCAGGACGCGGCAUCGACGACCACAGCUACAGGGACGGGGAGCGAGCUGGUUUUGCGUGGCCAGAAUACAGUCAACCAGAAGGUGCUUGCGCAGCGAAUUAUCAAGAACUGUUAUGACUUCCUGACGAGCUGGGGUAGUGGGGACACCGUCCCGCUCAAGGCAUUCCAGGCGUGGUGGACCAAGUUCGAGGGCAAGAUGGAGAGGGAUCCUGGAUUCUUGGAGAGGAGUGACGGCGGUUGA